AUGAUUAAAACCAAAGGUAGAUCUCGAAUACCAAAUAGAAAACACAUUAUGUGUGCUAAUUAUAAAAUUAGUAGUAAAAGAUAUGAUGAUAUUGUAAAUGCCCAGAUAUAUUCUCAACUAUCUGAAAUAGAAAUAACAUCUAUGAAUUCAUCUAUCUCAAUACCUCAAUCAGAAAUCUUGCCCAUACAUAGCUUAUCAAGUGCCAAAAAUCCUGAACAAGUAAUUUCUUUGAGCAAACUAGUGACAAAAAAGACUAGCAGAAAAUCAAAAUUAAAAACUAUAAAUUAUUCUAUCUUAUCAAUACCAGAGAAUGAUGUGCAAGCUAGAAUAGAAAAUUUAUGA